UAUCAUAUAUACAGUUUCGACUAGGGCUCCACCCAGAUCAGACGUAGCUCCCAGAGAUCUUUCCCCAAGGUAAUCCGCACGAUGUCCGAGGGCUUCAAGAAGCACUUCAAUGCCAGCACGAUGAAUGGCCGUGCCAAUGUGGCCAAGGUCACGUAUGCGACCAUGGCCCUCCUCUAUAUCGUAUACCGCAUGCGCCGGGGAUCGGGCAAGAAGCCAAAGGAUGGCAGUGGCAUGCUGGCGGAUGGCAGCUGCAGCUGCGACCAGAAAUCGCCACCGGAAGGGCACGACUCCGACACGGGCUUCUACGAGACCGAUCCCUCGUGCGGUUCGUGCCGGGAGCGGUCCGAGCGAGCCAUGUCCGAGUAUGAUCGGGAGCAGCAGCGCCGUUCGGCGGCUAAGGCACGGCAGGACCAUAGCGACGAGUGCAGGGCCGAACCACCAUCACCACCGUCCUCCUCAUCACCGCCAGGGUCUGGUGGGGUCGCGACGCCUCGUCGCAAAUGCCCCUGCGAGAAUCCGCACCGGAAAUCGAUCUAUGACAUGAAGAGCAGCAGAAACGACACCAGGUCCUUUAUGCAGCGGCAACACCAGCACGAUGCCCAGGAUGCAGAUGAUGUGCGUCCGGCUAGCGAGAUAGUGGGACAGGUGGGCGGUGCCGUCUACCGUGUGCUCAGUGGCGUCUUCAAUGCCGUCAUGGGCGGAGAAUCUUCCGUCACCAGCACCACUUCCCCUCCCAAGUCCCAGAGAAACCAAGAGGAGCGACGAGCAGAUCAGGCAGAUCAUACGCAGAACGAGGACGGGGAAGUGACCGCAGUCGGGUACGAGCCCAUGGACUGUGAGUGCGGGCUGAAUACUCCACUGAAGCCACGCACAGGUCCUCGCUGCUGUGAGUCUCCUACUGGGGCGAACGAAGGACAGGCCCAACCAGAAGAUGCACAGUACAAUGAUUCCUACAAUGAUGGCUAUGCCUCAGUGUUUUGAGGUUUGAUUCUGGGUGGUGCCCACGCCCCAGAGCCCAGAGCCCAGAGCCCAAGUUUUUCUUGGGCACAACCAAAUUUCAAGCUAAUCCAAAUAAAAAUAAAACAGUAA